AUGACAGAUUCAAAAUAUUUUUCAACUCAACGAAAAGGCGAAAUCUAUGAACUGAAAGCUGAAUUGAAUAGCGACAAACGUGAACGUAAAAAGGAAGCGCUGAAAAAGGUCAUUGCGAGUAUGACAGUUGGUAAAGAUGUUAGUCAAUUAUUUCCUGAUGUUAUUAAUUGUAUGCAGAUUGAUAAUCUUGAAUUAAAGAAACUUGUUUAUCUUUAUCUAAUGAAUUAUGCUAAAACACAACCAGAAAUGGCUAUUCUUGCUGUAAAUACAUUUGCAAAAGAUUGUAAUGAUCCAAAUCCGUUAAUUCGAGCCUUAGCAGUACGUACAAUGGGUUGCAUACGUGUCGAUAAGAUAACCGAACAUUUAUGUGAACCAUUGCGAAAAUGUUUAAAAGACGAAGAUCCGUAUGUACGAAAAACAGCUGCUGUUUGCGUUGCGAAAUUAUUUGAUAUUAAUCAACAGCUUGUAUUCGAUCAAGGUUUUCUUGAUAUGUUAAAAGAUUUAUUAUCGGAUUCAAAUCCAAUGGUUGUAGCAAAUGCAGUUGCUGCAUUAAGUGAAAUAUCUGAACAAUCACCACAGACAAAAAUAUUUGAUUUAAAUGGGCCAACAAUUAACAAACUAUUAACAGCACUUAAUGAAUGUUCGGAAUGGGGACAAGUAUUCAUACUUGAUGCGAUUUCAAAUUAUUCGCCAAAGGAUGAUAAAGAUGCACAAAGUAUUUGCGAACGUAUAACACCACGUCUUGCUCAUGCGAAUUCCGCUGUUGUUCUUUCGUCGGUUAAAGUUUUAAUGAAAUUUCUUGAAUUACUUGAUCAACAGAGUGAAUUCGUUCAAAAUUUAUACCGUAAAUUAUCACCACCUCUAGUGACACUUCUAUCGGCUGAACCGGAAAUUCAAUAUGUUGCUUUGAGAAAUAUUAAUUUAAUUGUUCAAAAAAGAUCGGAUAUACUCAAAAAUGAAAUGAAAGUAUUCUUUGUUAAAUAUAACGAUCCCAUCUAUGUUAAACUUGAAAAACUUGAUAUCAUGAUACGCUUAACAAAUGCGACGAACAUAGCUCAAGUAUUAGCUGAAUUAAAAGAAUAUGCUACGGAAGUUGAUGUAGAUUUUGUUCGUAAAUCUGUUCGCGCUAUCGGCCGUUGCGCUAUCAAAGUUGAACAAGCUGCCGAACGAUGUGUUAGUACAUUGAUUGAUCUUAUUCAAACUAAAGUUAAUUAUGUUGUACAAGAAGCUAUUGUUGUUAUUAAAGAUAUUUUUCGAAAAUACCCAAAUAAAUAUGAAAGUAUAAUUGCAACAUUGUGCGAAAAUCUUGAUUCACUGGAUGAGCCUGAAGCACGUGCUUCAAUGAUUUGGAUUGUUGGCGAAUAUGCAGAACGUAUCGAUAAUGCUGAUGAAUUACUUGAAGGUUUUCUUGAUGGUUUUAAAGAUGAAAAUACUCAAGUACAAUUACAACUGUUAACUGGUAUUGUGAAACUUUUUCUUAAGAAACCAACCGAAACACAAGAAUUAGUUACAAGAGUUUUAACACUUGUUACACAAGAAACAGACAAUCCUGAUUUACGUGAUCGUGGCUAUAUCUAUUGGCGUUUAUUGUCAACGGAUCCUAAAGCAGCCAAAGAAGUUGUUCUAGCUGAAAAACCACUUAUUUCAGAAGAAACUGAUUUAUUAGAACCAACACUUCUCGAUGAACUUAUUUGUCACAUCGGUUCAUUAGCAUCAGUUUAUCAUAAACCGCCCAAUACAUUUGUCGAAGGACGAUUUAUAAUGAAAAAAAAUUUACCACUUCGUUCGAGAAGUUACGGUGAACAAGAAAACAAUACUGGACAUACUACCACCAUGCAAACUAAUCAACAGCCACAACAAGUUGUUAUCAGUGGUAAUGUUGGCUCAUUAAUUGAUGAUUUUGAUAUAUUGAGUUCGAUGCCAAUGCCAUCAUCGAACCCAAUGGAUACAUAUGAGCAAAGUCAAAAUCGAACUGCGUCAGCUGUACCAAAUUUACUUGAUGAUGAACUUUCAUCAAUUCUUGGAUUAGAUUCAAAUUUAGGUGGUAAUCAAACGCCAAUGAUGAAUACAAAUACAUCAUUGCCAAACAAUAAUCGCCAAACGACUAGUAUUGGAAAUGAACUUGAGGAUUUAUUUGGUGAUUUCAAUUUACAAACGGGUGGCGCUGGUAUUUCAUUUUCGGGCAACAAUGUUUUUGUUCCACCGAAAGAAGUUUGGUUAAGCGCUGCUAAAGGCAAAGGUCUCGAAGUAUCCGGUACGUUUGUCCGUCGUAGCAAUCAAAUAGUCAUGGAAAUGGAUUUCACAAACAAAGCCUUACAACCCAUGAAUGAUUUAGCGUUACAAAUAAAUCGUAAUAGUUUUGGGUUAACACCCGCACAACCAUUACAAGUAACAAGUCCAUUAUUUCCAAAUCAAACUGUACCAACACAAUUAAUUUUAAAUACAACUGGACCCAUUAUGCGCAUGGAUCCAUUAACAAAUCUUCAAGUUGCAAUUAAGAAUAAUAUUGAUAUAUUUUAUUUUAACUGUAUUGUGCCUAUUCAUGUGUAUUUUGCUCAAGAUGGUGAAAUGGAUAAAAUGACAUUUGUACAAACAUGGCAAGAAAUACCCGAAGGUAAUGAAGUAAAACAUCAAUUACAAAAUGUAAACAAUUUAUCGAUUGAUGAUUUACAAAAUAAAUUGCGUUUAAAUAAUAUACAUACAAUAACACGCACAGCAAUUGAACAAAAAGAAAUGCUCUAUCAAACAAUUAAAUUAACAAAUGGAAUUUUUAUAUUAGUCGAAUUAAGAAUUACGCCAGGAAAUCGAACAAUAUCAUUUUCACUCAAGACAAAAGUAAGCGAUGUUGCAAAUUUAAUCGUUCAUGCCUAUGAACUUAUACUUAGUAGUAACUAA